AUGACGAACUUGCUCGUAGUCUUCGGGGCCACAGGCCAGCAGGGCAGCUCUGUGAUUUCCAAAGUCCUCGAGGAUGCCGAAUUAUCAAAGGCAUACAAGGUCCGCGGGCUGACCCGCGAUCCUCUGAAACCUGAUGCUCAAGCCCUCGUAAAGAGAGGCGUUGAGGUCGCCCGGUGCGACACGGACGAUCCGGCAUCUGUGAAAGCUGUCUUACAGGGCGCGCACACUGUCUUCGCCAUGACAGUGUCACUGCACAAGCCUGGCGGGAUGGAGCAGGAGCUCGCGCAGGGCAAGGGCAUCGCGUACGAGGCAUUGGCAGCAGGGGUCAAGUUUCUGGUAUACAGUUCGGUACCAAGUCCCAAGAAGAUCUCGGGCGGCAAGUAUCCUGUGGACUCCUUCGACGUCAAGGACCAAGUCAGGGAAUAUAUCUCUAGCCUCCCUAUCAAGUCGGCAUUCUUCCUGCCUGGAUCCUUCAUGCAAAACUUCCACACAAACAUGGCCCCGCGUCCAGGGCUAGACGGCAAUCCCACAUUUUGGGGCUUUGUAUCACCAGAGACAAAGUUUCCUCUGAUUGACAUUGCUGGGGACACGGGCAAGUUUGUGGGGUCCAUCCUCGCUGAGCCGGACAAGUACGCUGGCAAAGCACUGGCCUGUUCCACACGCUGCUACACCAUGACGGAGAUGGCAGAGAUCAUGGCUCGGUCUAGCGGCAAGAAGAUCACGUACGCCCAGAUUCCAAAAGAUGUGUUCGCGGGAUUCCUGCCUGAAGCCAGCCGGCCAACUUUGCUGAAUAUGCUUUCCUACUUUGAGGAGUUUGGGUACUAUGGGCCAGAAACUGAGCAGCUCGUCAAGGAGGCGGCACAGGCUGCGAAGGGGGCGCCAACUGAGUUCGAGGGGUACUUGAAAAGGGAGCCGCUGCAGCUAUGA